AUGUAUUAUUAUUCUGGAUCAUUUGUAAGGGCUGUUUAUUUUAUUAACAGGGUGGUCCGUGAGCUUACCUUGGGCCGGCGUAUCAGCUUCUACAAGGUCCGUGGAGAGAUCGGCUGUGGAAACUUUUCCCACGUCAAACUGGGGAUCCACGCCCUCACAAAAGACAAGGUGGCCAUUAAAAUCCUGGAUAAGACCAAGCUGGACCAAAAGACCCAGAGGUUACUAUCCAGAGAGAUAUCCAGCAUGGAGAGACUGCAACACCCCAACAUCAUACGCCUUUACGAGGUGGUGGAGACAUUGUCACGGUUACAUCUGGUGAUGGAGUAUGCAGGCGGAGGCGAGCUCUACACCAAGAUCAGCUCAGAGGGGAAACUGUCCGACAUAGACAGCAAGAUCGUCUUCUCUCAGAUCCUCUCAGCUGUCAAACACAUGCAUGACAACAGCAUCAUCCACCGUGACUUGAAAGCAGAGAACGUCUUCUACACCUGCAGCACCUGUGUCAAGGUGGGAGACUUCGGAUUCAGCACGCUAAGCCGCCGCGACGAGACUCUCAACACCUUCUGCGGCUCCCCGCCCUACGCCGCGCCAGAGCUCUUCCGGGACGAACACUAUCUGGGCAUCUUCGUAGACAUCUGGGCCCUGGGCGUCAUGCUGUUCUUCAUGGUGACAGGAAGCAUGCCCUUCAGGGCGGACACGGUUGCCAAGUUGAAGCGCUGUAUCCUGGAGGGGGCCUAUGUGCUGCCCUCCUGGAUACUGGAGCCCUGCCAGAGGCUGAUCAGAGGCAUCCUCCAGCCUCAGCCCUCAGAUCGCUACAGUGUAGAGCAGAUAAUGGGCUGUGAGUGGCUGCUGAGUGUAGACUUCCCUCGGGCCAUGGAGCCCUUUAAACUGGACCCAUCCUAUCUGGCCGAGAGCACCCCUUCAGAGUUGGAGGAGGAUGAGGCUGAGGUGAGGGGGGCACUGGAGACACUAGGGAUCACCACAGAGCAUAUCUUGAAUAAUCAGGGGAAGGACUGUAGGAGUUCUAUAACAGGUGUUUAUAGGAUUCUGUUGCACCGUGCACACAAGAGGCGGGCAGUGGAGAGCAUGCCUGGUGUUACGCAUGUUGUCGGGGCCAGAGUGAGUAAAAAGGACCGGCUAAAGGCGUACCGCAGCUUACAGCACACCUCCAAGCUCUGUGUGAUUCUGUGAUGAAAAGCCUUUACUCCUAUAGUUGAACUUUAUUGUAUUUUUUGUCAAACGAUUACAAUGUAUGUUACUGUGAAUGAGGAAUGAGAUGGUGAAUUUUAAAUCAGUUUGAUUUCUGCCUUGAAUGUUGAUCGGCAAAACAUUCAUCGCAGAUACGCCAGGAAAAAAAAAGAAAAAAAAGAAGAAAAAGUUUUAAAGUUGAGAUUCAAGUGAGUAUUUGUCUUUGUGAGAAUAUACUUUAGCCUGGGUGCCAGUCUUUCCCUAAUUUAUCUCACCAGAAAAGGCAAACAUGUAACAUAUGGUUAUCCAGCAGACAUUUUUCUCCAAAGGAACCUAGGCGAUUCCAGCAUUAUGUUCAUAAUACUUGCUCACAAAAUCACAACUUAAAUGUCUCACAGAAUGGACAAACUAAAUAUAAAUACGAUUUUGAUGUGUGUGUCUAUAGUACCCACCAGGGGGAAUGUAAUCCCCCAAAAAUUGACUUCUAAAUAUUAGCAUGUUGGAGAAAUAAAGCAAAUAAGAAGUGUUCUGGAUGUUACAUGAAAUGCACAACCCACUGGGUACAGACAUCAAUUCAACAUUUAUUCCAUGUUGGUUCAAAACCAUUUCUUUGAAAUGAUGUGGAAACAACAUUGAUUCAACCAGUGUGUGCCCAGUGGUAAGCUUCUUGGAAAGAUUAAACACAUUAGCAAAAUUCUGUGAGUUUGUAAGUCUUAGGUCAAAACAUGGAUGGCCAUUUUGAAGGAAAGGUUUGGCUGAACAUAAAAACAAUCAUUUUUAAAAGAUUGCAAUUUUCAUGAUUACCUUAGGGUGGAAAACUUAUUAUGGAUGUUGCAGAUUCUGAAGUAGACAUUCAAAUCUUAAAGAUUUCUUGAUCAAAAUCUAUCCCAACACAUUUGAUGUCAUUUGGAAUGUUUUUAAAAUGUAAGCAGAAGGCAUAGUACAUUGGGAUUGCGUAAUUACAGGUAGCUUGAAUAGUAUAGGCAGCACCACACCCUAAAGGUAAUUAUUUUAAGGUAGUUUAAAAUAAUUACCUUUCUGGUAAUUGUGUAACAAAUCAAAAUAUAUUUUAUAUUUGAGAUUCUUCAAAGUAGUUGCCAUUUGCCUUGAUGACUGCUUUGCACACUCUUGGCAUUCUCUCAACUUGCUUCAUGAGGUAGUCACUUGGAAUGCAUUUCAAUUAACAGCUGUGCCUUGUUUAAAGUUAAUUUGUGGAAUAUCUUUCCUUCUUAAUGUGUUUGAGCCAAUCAGUUGUGUUGUGAGAAGGUAGUGGUAUACAGAAGAUAGCCCUAUUUGGUAAAAGACCAAGUCCAUUAUGGCAAGAACAGCUCAAAUAAGCAAAGAGAAAUGACCGUCCAUUAUUACUUUAAGACAUGAAGGUCAGUCAAUCUGAGAAAUGUCAAAAACUUAGAACGUUUUUUCAAGUGCAGUCUGAAAAACCUUCAAGUGCUAUGAUGAAACUGGUUUUCAUGAGGACCACCACAGAAAAGGAAGACCCAGAGUUACCUCUGCUGCAGAGGAUACGUUCAUUAGAGUUAACAGCCUCAGAAAAUGCAGCCCAACAAAAUGCUUCACGGAGUUCAAGUAACAGACACAUCUCAACAUCAACUGUUCAGAGGAGACUGCAUGAAUCAGGCCUUCAUGCUUGAAUUGAUGCAAAGAAACCACUACUAAAGGACACCAAUAAUAAGAAGAGACUUGCUUAGGCCAAGAAACACGUGCAAUGGACAUUAGACCGGUGGAAAUAUGUCCUUUCAUCUGAUGAGUCAAAAUUUUAGAGUUUUGGUUCUAACCGCCGUGUCUUUCUGAGUAGGUGAACGGAUGAUCUCUGCGUGUGUGGUUCCCACCGUGAAGCAUGGAGGAGGAGGUGUUAUGAUGUGGGGGUGCUUUGCUGGUGACACUGUCAUGAUUUUUUUAGAAUUCAAGGCACACUUAACCAGCAUGGCUACCAGAGCAUUCUGUAGCGAUACACCAUCCUAUCUGGUUUGCGCUUAGUGGGACUAUCAUUUGUUUUUCUACAGGACAAUGACCCAACACACCUCCAGGCUGAGUAAGGGUUAUUUCACCAAGAAGGAGCGUGAUGGAGUGGUGCAUCAGACGACCUGGCCUCCACAAUCACCCGACCUCAACCCAAUUGAGAUGGUUUAGGAUGAGUUGGACCACAGAGUGAAUGAAAAACAGCCAACAAGUGCUCAGCAUAUGUGGGAACUCCUUCAAGACUUUUAGAAAAGCAUUCCAGGUGAAGCUGGUUGAGAGAAUGCCAAGAGUGUGCAAAGCUGUCAACAAGGCUACAUUGAAGAAUUUCAAAUAUAAAAUAUAUUUUGAUUUGUUUAACACUUUAUUUUGGUUACUACGUGAUUCCAUACCUAAUUCCAUAUGUGUUAUUUCAUAGUUUUGAUGUCUUCACUAUUAUUCAACAAUGUAGAAAAUAGUAAAAAUAAAGAAAAUCCCUGGAAUGAGUUGGUGUUUUUGACCGGUAUUGCAUAUCAAAAGUAACCUUUACCAGUUGAAUGUAGAAUAUUUUCUGAAAUAUUGCAAUACAAUAUGCAAAUGUAACAAUAUACAUGUGCCAAUCCACUUUUCUGAACACUUGAUAAAGUCAGUAUUUUUGGGUGACUUUCAUUUGAAAAAGACACUUCAAGACUAUUCAUAGAUUUUUGCUAAAUACUUUUCAUCUUUCUAUCUAGAAAACAGUACUGAAAUGUAUGAGAAAUGCACUUUAGAAUGUAUUUUCAGAGAGAAUCUUAGCUAGAAUACAUCAUUUUCAAGAUAAUUUUCGAGAACAAUUGCUUCAGUAAAAAUCUGAAGAAUACAUCUUAGAACAAGCACACAAAAUGUGGGAUAUGCACACGCUUCUGAAGCUAAGACAAUGUACAUCAAUAUUCAUCACAUCCACAACAGUUACGUAUAUCACAUAAUGCUAAAAAAAGGAUACUGACAAUGAUGCAGCAAUCAACCCCAUAAAUCUGAUGCUGCAAUUUCAUAAAUAUAUAUUUUUACUUAACUAGGCAAGUCAGUUAAGAACCAACUCUUAUUAGCUACAACGACAGCCUACCCCAGCCAAACCCAGACUCCCAAUCACAGACAGAUGUUUGGAUUUGAAUCAGGGACGGUAGUUACACCUCUUACACUGAGAUACAGUGCCUAGGACAACUGCGCCAAUCGGUUAACUACAUGAAGUGACUGAGCCUUGGUAACCCAGAUGUAGCAUUGUUGAAUGCAGAGAGUCCAAGCUAAUGAGAAUGAAGAAUGUGAUGAUUUCUUUCUUGAAUGUUCUAUUGCACUUUUCCAUGCCUUUGUUUUUCUAUCCAGUUACAUUAAGCCAGCACCAUGAGUCAAUAGAAAAUGUGAUCUUCUAUUUCAUAAAUGCAUGUCAAUAUAAUGCUUUGCACUCAUUUUCCAGGAAUCAUGAUAUAGCCUGAGUGCCGGUCUGUUUGCGCUAAAAUACUUUGGCUUGACGAUGAAUAAUGUAGUUGCCAAGAGCACAAACAGAUCUGGGACCAGGCUAGAGAACUCCAGGUCAAUGGUUGAAAUUAACACAUUGGCCUAUUGGCCUGGUUGGGUUGAAAGUUACUUCUUACACCAUACCUGUCAACACCAAGGAUUAGAUGUUUUGAUUGUCAUUACGCCAUAUUGUUGCCCUAUAUGUGUUGUUAAAAUAUUAAAUACAAGUAUGAAAUGCUACGUUUGUUCUCUUGUAAUGUUUUGAUAAACUUUACUUGUGUUUUUUACUAAACUUUUUGUAAAGUUCCUCUGGGGUUAAUGGGUUUAUAUUAUGGA